GAGGACGGGCGUCGGGCGGCGUUUGCUGCUUGAGCAGCCGGCGGGCGGUCGGGCUCCGUCCUGGGUUCCUUCUUCUUCUCCUUCCUUCCUGGAGGCAGGAGGCGAGGCGAAGUCGGCUGGGUCCCGCCGCCGCCGCUGCUGCUCCUGGGCCGGCCAUGCCUCGCGUGGUGCCGGACCAGCGGAGCAAGUUCGAGAACGAGGAGUUCUUCAGGAAACUCAGCCGAGAGUGCGAGAUUAAAUACACUGGCUUCAGGGACAGACCGCAUGAAGAGAGACAAGCCAGGUUUCAGAAUGCUUGCAGGGAUGGACGGUCUGAGAUAGCUUUUGUGGCCACAGGAACCAAUCUGUCUCUCCAGUUUUUUCCGGCCAGCUGGCAAGGGGAGCAGCGGCAAACACCAACCCGAGAGUACGUUGACUUUGAAAGAGAGGGAGGCAAGGUCUAUUUAAAAGCACCUAUGAUUCUUAAUGGAGUUUGUGUUAUCUGGAAAGGCUGGAUAGAUCUCCAAAGAUUAGACGGCAUGGGGUGCCUAGAAUUUGAUGAAGAACGGGCACAGCAGGAAGAUGCACUGGCACAACAGGCUUUUGAAGAAGCCCGGAGAAGAACCCGUGAAUUUGAAGACAGAGACCGGUCUCAUCGGGAGGAAAUGGAGGUGAGAGUUUCACAGCUGCUGUCAGUUACUGGCAAGAAGGCAACAAGACCCUAGUCCUGGAUCAAACCUGGGAAGUGGUGACGAUCUCAAACUACGUUAAGAGAAUUGGCAGCUGUGCCACGGAUGCGCGUUUUAAACUUGGCAAAUGACGGAAUUAGAAGACCAGAAACUGUGAUAACUGGGUAUAUACUAUAGUCUAUUCCCUGACCUGCGGCAGCCAAUCUAUCAUGUCCUGCCAUGGUUUGCACUAUGUUUAUGUUGCAUUACCUACAUUUUGGUUCUUUAAGCAUGUCACCAGUGGGAAUUUGAGAUUCUUGUUUUUUCUAUGCAAGCUUAUUUUGUUGGCACUAUUUUAGUGAAGAAAGAAUUUAUGCAGCUAUAUUCAAAAAGAAAAGAAGAGGUCCUCAACUAGUAAUACUUGUUCAUUUCAGGAUAGGUCAAAACAUUGCAGAAUAAAUAGGGUUUUUUUGUAUGUGUGACUUCUUUGAAACCAAAACUUUCUAAACUAAUUUUUAUAUGGGAUGUUGGAAGUCUGUUUUUUCAUAGUGUUCUUGCUUUUUAGACCUGCGUUCUUUGUGGUCUUGUCUUUUGCACUUUCUUUUUUGGCUCUAAACUUGCAAGACGUUUUAUCCUUUUCUGCCUUGUGCCUCCGAAAAACCCAAGUCGCACAGUAUUGCCAAGUGAUUUACUAAAUUACGUUCUUUCAAAAAAGACAGUUUUUUAAAGUAUCCCACAAUAGGUCAUUUAGCAGCAUGUCUACAGAGAUUUUAAGCUGUUAGAGCAUUCUGUUGUACAUUCUCUUCUGCGCAUACUAUUUGACAGUUAACAUGACCCUCUUCAGAUAACCUACUUGAAACCCAUAGGAGUUUGGCUUUCAUUUUAUUCAGGGACUUUGUGAGAAUAGAUCUAAAACCGGUCGCCACAGUUUUUGUGAUUUAGGGUUGUCAUUUGGCUCGGCAUGGUAACAGAAACACCUUUAAUACGGUUGUGUUGAAAAUUGCUGCUUUAAUUGUUUUUAUGUGCUCUCUUAUUCUAACUUGAAAUAUGAACUGAAACAUUUGAACUGUAUGCAAAAAGGCUCGUACUGAUCUAAAUAUGCCUUGGGUUUUGGUUCCUGAACAGUUCUGUUCAGUAAAGUAAAUGAGGUAAAUAAUGAAGUAUCUGCUUUGAAAUUCAUCCCCUGCUUUCUUGCAUCUGUGACUUGAAACCAUAGUCCUUUCUGUACACUUUUCAAUCCAAUUGCUCUUGUUACUCUCCUUUGGGGUGCGAAUAUCAGCCUAUGCGAUGUAGCAUUCAUUUGCAAAGCCAUCCAUCCUUGAGGGCAUACACUGCCCCUAUGUGGACUGAGCCAUAGUCACCAGCUUCCCUUUCAGUUUAAGAAAGACCAGCCCUUGUGGAACUGGAGAUACGAGGCAAAAUACACAGGCACUGUUGUUGUUUUUCUCAUGUGAAACCAGCCUUCUACCUUUCAGUGUUUUAGCCACUCGAUGAAGUCAUAGUUGUGAUUAACGUUUUAAGAAAACAGAGCUAGCCAUGCAGUUUUCAAAAGUUAGAGUAACACACUCUUGGUCUCGAGAAGGAGUUUUGUUUUUAAGACUUUUCUUUUCUCUCUCUCUCUCUGUCUUCCUUUCCAAAUAAGUCAUUCCUACUCUGUGGAAACCAAUCCAGGAAUCCAAGAUUUAAUGUGAUUGGACAGUUUGCCUUUCCAAAAAUAACAGUAGCAGCAGCAGCAGCGAAAACAAGAAACACACGACCUUUCUAGUUCCAGGUCCAUUCCUUACCACCCAAAAUGUGACACACAUGUAAGCAUUUUUGAACACAUUAUCUGCCAGUGCAAAUCAGGUCCGCCUGGUUCCCCAGUAGAUGCAAUGGGAGCUGUGGUUGAGAGAGCGUAGAUUAUCCAUCCCUGCUGAUUUACUAAAUAUUGAGAAUGUUAGAGAGAGAAAGUUAAGUGGUUAAAUGCCUGUACUGCAGCCAUUCACUCACAAACCACAAAGUUGUGAGUUCGAUUCCAGCCAGGGGCUCAGGGUCGACUCAGCCUGGCAUCCUUCCGUAGGUCACUAAAAUGAGUACCCAGCUUGUUGGGUUCCAGGGUUGUCUUGGAACCAAACCCCAGCGGAUAACAAGGACCCAUUGUAUAUAUAAAUGAAGCUGCUAUUGCUAUUGCUUUCAGACAACCCUGCAAUAGGGUCCAGUGUCAUACAGUCUCCUAAUAUAUUCUUAUUUUUCUUCUCUCCCCCCACCCCAGUUAUUUUAUCAAAAUACAGUCAGGUGAGGCUGUGAGGCUGACUGUAGUAGUAGUGUUAUGGAAAAGAGUGAUUGCUUUCUGGCACGUGGGAGAAAAUGGAGGGACGCAGGUGAGGGAUUUUGCUUGCAAAAACAGCUCCCUGGAAAAGUGGUAAUCAUUCAUCCCUUGGUUCCACCAGUUCAGUCAGUACUGCAGCCUCCAUCCACAUUUCAGCCGUGGGUUGUUAAAUUACUCUUUUAAAAAGCUGCUCUGCAUGUUAUUUCGGCCACCUUUACCUGAUCACUUUCCAGGCCAAAAUACAUAAAAUGCUCCUUCUCGGAUUAGCGUAGUCAUUUAGGAAUAGAUUUUUGUGGGUUUUUCGGGUUAUGUGGCCAUGUUCUAGAAGAGUUUAUUCCUGACGCUUCACCAGCAGGAACAAACUCUUCUAGAACAUGGCCACGUAACCCGAAAAACCCACAAAAAAACUGGAUGCCGGCCAUGAAAGCCUUCGACUUCACAUUUAGGAAUGCUUUUGGUUUUGUCUUGAAAGCCUUUCUAGUGAUUUUUAAAAUAUUCACCCAAUAUGAAGUGUUUUGUGCUAGCUGUGGGGAACGUAUAACCCCACUAAUACUGAAGUGCAACUCACAUCAUCCCCAGGUUGUGCUGGCUGAUGGGAGUUGGGCUUCAUCCUUUGCAAGGACAAGGUUCCCCUACCUUUAUUUUAUGCAUUUCAGCUUCUACUCAGAAUUGAAAAUGUUUUAUAUGUAUAUAGUUUCCUCCUACUCCCAGAAAUGUUUUUGUUACACAUGGCAGUGUGACUAGGAAGCAUUGUUCUUAUUAGCUGAAACAGCUGGAUGGUUACAAAUACUUUUAAACGGAAAUGGUUCAUUCCGCUUUCCUGCGCAUGACAACCCUGACUCUGUUUGAUACUCUUCCCAGAUAAAUUCACUAAACAGCACUGUGUUGCCAUCACAUUUCAUUUUGUUAACUUCGUCGUUCUUUUCUGUGCAUGUUUUUCUUCACUUAGGAAAUAAUGGUUAAAAGAAAUAAGGUACUUUAGGAAACAAAAUACAAAAAAGAGAGGACUUUUGGUUGCUCUUUGCUUUUCUACCUUGGUAUUCUCAGUCAAUGUGGUGUUAUCGGAUCAAUUCAGCUACUGUUUUGAAAUCAUGGAUACACAAGUUAUGCCAUUGCUAUCUGUGUGUAAAUACUUUUUCUUGUUCUCCUGAACUAUGCGACUGAAUGGCCGUGUUCAGACAAUCGUAUCUUGGUUUAAUAAAUGGAGAUAGGAAUAUGCCAAGCACACUGUUGCUUUGCCUUUCCCUUCACAUUGUGAAGCAAACUUGGAAGCCUCUAAUCGUCGGUUUGCAUUUCAUCCCUACCAGAAAGGUAUGAAUUGGUGACAAGCCAAGAUAGUAAACCAGCUUCAGACUAUGGUUUAGAGUUGUUUCAGAGUUUAUGAAUAACUUUUGUUUGCCAGGUCAAAUGAAAUUGAAACUGUGGUUAAGUUGGGGCUUCCCAGUUUAAUGCUAAGCAUUGCAGAGGGAAGAGUAAAAGGAUCAUAGUUACGUCAGCUUCUGAUAAGGAUUGUCUGAACCAGGCCAUUUCAUCUUAAUGCUGGCAUUAAGAUCCAAGGCCCUCUUUCUCUCUCUGCUAUUUAGUGCAGACCUGUGAAACGUCAACAUUAAGUUAUUGAUGCAAUUUGAUAUUUUUUCAUAUUUUCUAUUUAAACAGAAGUUGCAUCAUCUUCUUUGAACUUGUCUCUUUUUGAAGAGUUGCCUUAAGCUUCAAGAUUGCUUCUGCUAUCUCCCCCCCCCCCCCCCCCCGGUUAUGUUACUCUUAUGUUCAUAAUAAACUUCUGUGUAGUGAAACAAAAUGGUUGUAAAUUCCUUUACAGCACCGAUGCAUAUUUAAGGAGGAAAGCUAGUUCUGCAAAUGUUUCUUUUUCCCCCACCUGCAUUUGCUUUUAUUCGUACACAGCUAGUCCAUAUUGCAAAUAAAGUUUAAUCCUUCAGGAAAAUGCAGUUGAUUUCCAAAACACUAUGGACACAGCCUCUUCAACCGAUUGUGUUAGCAAAGGUUUGGCAUAAGAUGGCUAGCAUUUACAAAAUAGAACAAAUAAUGGGAAUUUAAAGAGGCCAGAAAUGCAUCACGUCUCACCGAAAUGUUGUUGUAAAUCAUGUUUCAAAGCAGACAGUCCUGCCCCUUUUUGGGAAAAUGGUGAGUAGCUUUACGGCUCUAUUAUUAUUAUUAUUAUUAUUAUUAUUGGGGCAUCUGAGGCUAUUUUAAUCCUGUUAUUCGUUUUUGGGGGCACUGCAGAUACACAAAAAGUGGAAGAGAACUGAACUCCAGACCAGAUUUAGUGAAGCGGUUCAUCAUGCAAAUAUUAGAGAUAUAAACCUUACAUGUUGUGUAAUAAAUUAGAUGCUGGAACAUAUGGAAAUCUGUUCUGAAAUUCAUUUCUCAUGUCAGAGUAGAAAAGACUUGAAAGGAAACACUGACAAAAUUGAUUGAUUAUUGAUUGAUUGAAUGUCUCCCAGGGUAGGAUCCAAAGCAGCUUUGCCCAAGGCAGCAAUUCGCUUUCUGCAGCCAGCGCAUCUCUCUGCUCUUGCAGAUACUCUUAAAAUACAUUUCUCCUUCAUAUCACUCAGUUUAACCUCACAAUCCGUCUUUCUGGCCCCAGGUUAAGAUGAUACUUUUAUAGCUACAGUUUUAAUGACAGAAUUGAUCCAGUUCUCAUCAGACUCGGCUAAAUUUCCUCCUCGAAUCCAGACUCAUUAGCCUUUAAAGGCACUGGAAGAAAUUCACGUUGAUCAAUUUCCCCAGGGGAAUAGAAGCCAGCUCUAAGAAAGAAGGAUCAGAAACCUGAUGGGUUUUUUUAAGACCAAUUAAUAAAUAACCUAAGAGAUGGCGUUCCCAUCGAUCACAACUGACUCCGAAUGGCUUGGGUUCCCAUUGAGAGCUAAUGUGCUUUUUGUGCAAGGCAGUGUUGCCGAUCAAACAAUGAGAACAGGUGACACGGCUUUCAAGGAACAAAACAGGUGCAGGUGUGUUUUCUACUUUUUCUUUCCAAAAGCCUAUUGAAAAGGCUUUUCUGUUUAUGUAAGUGUCUUGAGGAGAGGCCUGUAUACACAGCAGCCUUUAUUUUUUCUCUUCCUGCUUGUAAUACAAUACAGAAGCAUUGCUCCAAAAGGAAGAGGUUGCAACGUAUUCGCAUAUUUGGUACCCUUGGAUCCAAUUCAUAUUCCUCAUGGUGACAAUGGCAUAGUCGUAUCAAUAGUCCUAUGUGCUGGUAGAUAUCAGAAAUUAUUAUUAUUAUUAGUUUAUCUACUUAUAUCCCACCUUUUCCCCCAAUAUAGGUGAGAAAUAACCAGAGGACACACGGGGAGAACGUUGUUUCUUUGCAUAUCUGGGUCAUGGCACACAAGGAUCUUCUAGUGGUCCCCAAACUUUGGACCACCAGGUGUUUUGGACUUCAGCUCCCAGAAAUCCUGGCUGCUGGCCAAGCUGGCUGGGGGAUUCUGGGAGUUGAAGUCCAAAGCACAUGGAGGACCAAAGUUUGGGAAUUGCUGAUAGCCCAACCUGCCAUGCGCUCUUGAGAGAUGGCCAUCCAACUUCAGUCUAAAAACCUCCAAAGCAACUUCCCACCCUAUUUGAAGAGAAACUCAAGUCCUGCUCUUAUUUCAAACCAGGGCUUCGGUCAUGAAAACACGCUCCUGCGGUUAACGGAAGAAUUGGGGCUACUGUUUGCAGGAGAAGGGAGGAAUGAGGUAAUCUGCAAGGCGGCCUGUUUUUCAUGCAAGGCGAAAUGUUGAAGGCUGCAAUCCCAUUCCUACUUGCAUGAGAGUAAACACUUUUCAACUCGGAAGGAUCGCUUUAUGAGUAUCCCUGUUUUGGAUGGAGUUAUGUGUGGGCACAUGCACCUCCAA